AUGGCAGGUCCUGUCAGUUUGGAAUUGGAUCCCAUAUUUAAAGGGUUGAGUUACCUGCACUCCAAAAGUAAGGACUCCGCUGAGAAACUCAAAGCUCUGCUAGAUGAGUCUCUUGCAAGAGGAAGUGAUUCAUCUUACCGCAUAUCACAAAAGGAUUUAGAUUUGUCCAAGGGAUCAGUGUCCAAGCUGAGCCUCAGUAAGCAAGACUCAAAGUCCUCCUCUGGGUCCUCGUCCUCCAGCAGUAGCAGUGGCAUUGCUAAGUCCCAUAGCACAGAGAAGAGCAAGAAGGAUGGCGAGAAGAGACCUUCCGACAAGGUAUAGUUGGACUUGUCUGACGUGGACCCUCCGAAAAAGCCUCGUUGGGAGAAGCAGGAGAAUCGUUCUUCUCCGAUUACCGUUCAGACGAGCAAAGACCUGCCAAACAUACAUGACUACGAUGAGACCAGCGCUGACGACUUUGCUAUGGAAAUGGCCUGGCCUGUUGUGGUUUGCAGUAUACAAAUGACAGUGAUGAUGGGAAACCAGUUGGUGGAAUGCCAAGAGUGCCAUAAUCUGUACCACCAAGACUGUCAGCCACAAGUCACAGAUAAAGAAGUUAAUGACCCACGACUUGUGUGUUACUGCGCCCGCUGCACCAGGCAGAUGAAACGCAUGGCCCAGAAACCUCCACAGAAGCCAUCUCCUGCGUCCGUGUCAGCAGCGCCUGUUGUCAAAGACACACUGGUGAAGAAGGCAGAGCUCAAAGCCAAAUCGGAUGCAGCCAGCACCUUCCAGGCCUUCAAAAGAACAGAAGUGAAGGCAUCCACAACCUCUGCCAAUCACUGCAGCAGCAGCUCCUCCUCCUCCUCAGGCAGUGGUCUUACAGGCUGGGCCGCAUUCACCGCCAAGACAAGCUCCUCUCUCCCUUCCACCUCCAAGCUGGGUUCUUCGAGUCAAAGUGGGAGCAGCAAGACCUUGACGAUUCCCUCCGUCCAGAAACCUGUUGGGCUUUCUGGGUUGGCGGGGGCCAAGUCAGGACUGGCGAGUACAAAGCUUUCCAGGAGUGGCAACGGAAACGGCACAAGCCAGGUGACUCUGAAACCACCUCCACCUCUGACACUGGGUAAGCAGUCCCUGAAUCGUUCAUCGAGUGGAGAAACCCAAGGGAAAGUGUCUAUAUCCGGGUCUUCAGGGGCCGGCUCCCCAAGCGGCUCCCAAGCAAAUGCGGGUGGAAACGGGAGUAAUGGAGGAGGGAACGGCAACAAUGGGAAUGGGUCAAAGGUUGCACCAGGGGACAAAGCACCCACAACUCAAGAGUCCCAGUUUAAUGCCAUGAAACGGUUACAGCAGGUAAAGAAGAAAGCAGCACAGAAGAAACUGAAGAAAUGAGUAGAAACAAAGAGGAUGACUCAAAGUUGUUUUUUGUUUUGUUUUGUUUUUUAAUAAAUACUUACAUAGUAUGGUGUUAGUGCCAGAACAGUAUGUUUUGGGGAAUAAAAAGUAAAGCCGGUCUUCCGUUGCCGAUUUCCAGCACCUGAUUGGUUACUAUAGUGACUAAAUAAAAAAAACCUGACACCCAGUCAGGGCAUGUCAUGGUGUGUAACCGGUGCUCAUAGUAAAGUUUGUAGAUCAUGAAAAUUUUGAACAUGUUGAUUUUGAGCUUUAAUUUUACAGACCACUUUGGUUUUUUUAUGUCAUUACUGCAUCUUGAAAUAAAUCAUUUACACUUGAAUGUGGAUUUGGCCACACAGUCAGUUAAAAUUAGAGGCUGAAAUUAAAAUCGAAUGAAGGCGAGCGAGCAGCAACCGUGUGCAGUGGUGUGCAGUAGCGUCAGAGGAGUGGGAUAUAUUUGUGAAGUGAGUGCAGCAAGAUAAGACUUUAUUGAUCUCACAGUGGAGAAAUUCACAUUAUGUCAGCUCUUAAUAAAUACACAAGAUGAGUGCGAGCAGAAGAAAAUGUGUAUCAAACAGCA